AUGUCUCCUUUUACCAGCGAGAAGCCUGGCAGUGUGGAAAAUGUCGAAGAUGUCGGCCAGCGCGCUCUCGACAACAUUGACUAUGACGAGGAAUACUCGUACGAAGAGCAGCGCAAGAUCAUCCAUCGCAUUGACCGGCGGCUGGUCACCAUGGCGGGUCUUGCAUACUGCAUCUCGCUGAUGGACAGGACGAAUCUCAGUAUGGCUGCUGUGGCGGGUAUGAUCAAGGAGUUGGGAUUGCGUGUCGGAACGAGAUAUUCCGUCAUUGUGCUUAUGUUCUUCGUCCCCUAUGUCAUCUUCCAACCCGCCAUGACGAUUAUCACGAGAAAACUGGGCCCUACAUUCUUUCUGGGGUCUAUUGUCAUUUCAUGGGGCGUAAUCUUGAUUGUAUGUUUCCCUAGUCAAGUCGAGGGUCAUCAGCCUAAUCGCGAGACAGGGAAUGGGCUUCACGAAAGAUUGGAAGCAAAUGGUUACGACGUCCAAAAGCGCUUCUCGGUGUUCUAUCUUAUUGGAUGCGUUGCCUCGGCCCUGGCGGGUAUUCUCGCUUUCGGCUUGUCUCAAAUGUCUGGUAUCCAGGGCCUGGGAGGCUGGAGAUGGAUCUUCAUCAUGGAGGGAGUGAUCACCGGAGUUAUUGGAGUCUUGACCCUGCUCCUGCUCGUCGACUUUCCCGAUCGCGCACACAAAUCCUGGCGAUUCCUCAGCGAAAAGGAGUGCGCCUUUAUCGUCCGGCGCAUCAACCGGGACCGGUCCGAUGCUGAUAAUGAGCCCUUCACUCUAAGACGCUUCCUCACCCCCGCGCUCGACUUCAAGAUUUGGGGCUUCGCAAUGAUUUUCCUCUGCACAACCACCGUCACCUACGCCAUCGCAUACUUCCUGCCCAUCAUCCUCCAGGAAGGCAUGGGCUACAGCGUCGGCGCCUCGCAAUGCCUCGUCGCACCCCCCUUCGUCUUCGCCGGCAUCGUCAUGUUCGCCUCCGCCUGGGUCGGCGACAAGUACCGCGUGCGAGGCGUGCUCGUCGUCUUCAACUCCAUCCUGUGCCUCACCGGCCUGCCCAUCCUGGGCUUCCACUCGAACAACGCCGUCCGCUACUUCGGCGUCUUCCUCGCCACCGCCGGCGCCAACUCCAACAUCCCCGCCAUCAUGGCCUACCAGGCCAACAAUGUCCGCGGCCAGUGGACCCGAGCGCUCUCCAGCGCGACGCUGGUUGGAUUUGGUGGGAUUGGCGGCAUCAUCAGCAGUCUGGCCUUCCGGUCCCAGGAUGCGCCGGGAUAUCGGCCGGGCAUUUUGACGACUAUCGGAUGCAACAUUCUGAUUCUGAUCAUCGUGGCGGCUAUGAGUGUGUGGUUCCGCAUCUGCAAUAAGCAGGCGGAUCGGGGGCAGCGGAUUAUCGAGGGGUCGGCUGACUUUCGGUAUACGAUCUAA